GACUCUAGUCAUUCACCUAAGUGAUUACGCUGUACGCGGUACUAUUACAUUUGAUGAUAUCUGCAAUCGGUAUUAUCGUGUCUAUUCUUCCGUUUUAUUGGUUUAAAUGUGAUAUUAAAUAUUUUUAAAAUGCGCAGUUGGACAACAAUUAUUGCCUUAGCGGUAAUAUUCGCAUUUGCCAUAGAAUUUCGACCCUUGGAUCAUUUUAUGACUAUUUAUCUCACCGGUCGAAGAGUUAACAUUACAGAUACUCAGGUGACAGAUGAGUUGAUGCGUUUUGAAGACUAUUUCAGCAUAUUGACUGUAUCAGUGAUAAUGAUGAUCACAGAUAAUUUACUUUACAAAUCAGUUAUCUUUUUCAAUGUCUUCUGUGGAAUUAUUGUUUACUUAAAUCUAGUUAUGUUACCUAAUUUUAUCCAGUUAAAAGUAGCCGAACUAUGUGCGGCGUUCUUCAAAUCGUACGAAGUAGUCUACUUCAGUUAUUUAUUCGCUAGGGUACAGGAUAAGAGAUAUUAUCAGGCAACAUCGGGAUUAGCUAGGACCGCAAUGUUGAUGGGAAAAUGUUGUUCGUUGGUAUUCGCCCAGACGUUAGUGGUUAUACAUGGAAACGAUUACGUUAAACAAUUGCCGUGUUACACAUUGGGCAGUAUGGUUUUCACAUUUGUCUGGGUGUCGUUUUUGCCAUCGGUAAGACGGAAAAAUUACAAUAAGGAUGAUACUAUCAACGAACCACUUAAUUUAAAGAAUAGACCCAUUCAAUCUCAGUCAACUGCAACCAAACCUAUAUUAAAACGAAUGUGGAGAGACUUUAACGAAUCUUAUAAAAACUUAAUUGUUUUGAAGUGGUCCAUUUGGUACUGUUUGGCUUUAGUCGGAUAUAUGACGAUAAAAGUGGCAUGUGUAACUCACAAAUUAGGCGAAAAUGAGCAAGCUGACGGUGUAGUCGAGUCCUUGACUGUAUUAAUUGGGGCCAUCAGCUCAUACAAAAUCGGCGUGAAAAAUGUGAAUUGGGAAUUAAAUGGUAAUGCGUUCAUAGGAUCUGGGUCUUUGGUUCUUGGCGUAUGCGUGAUAUCUUGUUACUUUCAUCAAAAUCUGUUAUCGAUUCAACUGUCGUACAUAUUAUUCGGAGUACUGAUCCAAGCAAUGUUCGUAACGGCGUUGUCUGAAGUAGCAAAACAGUUGAAAAAUAAUUGUUAUGCACUUGUAUUGGGUUUCAAUUCAUUCAUCUCACUGAUAUUGCUGAUGUGUUAUAAAGAAAUCUUUAUCCGUGGCAAUUUAUUUAAGAUGGAUAUUCCCAAACAGGUUUUAUUCAACGGUGGUUUAUACAUUUUUCUCGGGAUAAUUUAUCUGAUACCUUCUGCGAUAUCAUUCAAUAGAAGAUUGAAUAAUAGAUGUCCGGUCUACGAUAUAACUGAAUAGCGUCAUCAGACUUCAACGAUUCAUCCUAAAUCAGUUGCACUACACAUUACAAUUAAAAAUUGCUUUAUAUUUACGUUUGAACCAUUUAUUCGGAUCUCAGUUAAACUACUAGUCAGUUACCAAUCUCAAAAUUUCUUUUGAGAAAUAUAAUUGUUAUAUACCUAAUACUAUGUCUAUGUGAAAUACUGAAAUUAUGAACUAAUUAAAUAUAUUCACUUAUUCACAUAUAGGUAUACAUAUUGGUAUGUAUAACCUAUUUGGUUACCUAUUGGUACCUA